AUGUGGUUUACUACAGAUGGGGGCUCGUGUCGCCUCAUUACCCACCUGCUGCUCAAACGCAACCCGGACGGUGAGCCAACUCUAGAAGUUUACUGUCCAAUCGCCGCGAACCCGACGAGAUUUAAUUUCUUCCCAGAUAAAUGCCUAACAGCAAGGGCCAGGCAAGCUAAAUUCGAGAAAUGGGCACCGAUCUUACGG